GAAGAAAACACAGAUCAAAAGCAUAGCAAAUAUGGUGAUCAGUAAGUCUCCUUUCAUAGUUUUGAUCUUCUCUCUUCUCCUUUCUUUUGGGUUGCUUUGUUCCGGUGUCAGCGCCUAUGGCAGAAAACAAUAUGAGCGUGAUCCUCGACAGCAAUACGAGCAAUGCCAGAGGCGAUGCGAGUCGGAAGCGACUGAAGAAAGGGAGCAAGAGCAGUGUGAACAACGCUGUGAAAGGGAGUACAAGGAGCAGCAGAGACAGCAAGAAGAAGAGCUUCAAAGGCAAUACCAGCAAUGUCAAGGGCGUUGUCAAGAGCAACAACAGGGGCAGAGAGAGCAGCAGCAGUGCCAGAGAAAAUGCUGGGAGCAAUAUAAGGAACAAGAGAGAGGCGAGCACGAGAAUUACCAUAAUCACAAAAAAAAUAGGAGCGAAGAAGAAGAAGGGCAACAAAGAAACAAUCCUUACUAUUUUCCUAAAAGAAGAUCAUUCCAAACUCGAUUCAGGGAUGAAGAGGGCAACUUCAAGAUCCUCCAGAGGUUUGCUGAGAACUCUCCUCCACUCAAGGGCAUCAACGAUUACCGCUUGGCCAUGUUCGAAGCAAAUCCCAACACUUUUAUUCUUCCGCACCACUGUGAUGCUGAGGCAAUUUACUUCGUGACAAACGGAAAGGGGACAAUUACGUUUGUGACUCAUGAAAACAAAGAGUCCUAUAAUGUACAGCGUGGAACAGUAGUCAGCGUUCCUGCAGGAAGCACUGUUUACGUGGUUAGCCAAGACAACCAAGAGAAGCUAACCAUAGCUGUGCUCGCCCUGCCUGUUAAUUCUCCUGGCAAAUAUGAGUUAUUCUUCCCCGCUGGAAAUAAUAAACCUGAAUCAUAUUACGGAGCCUUCAGCUAUGAAGUUCUUGAGACCGUCUUCAAUACACAAAGAGAGAAGCUGGAGGAGAUCUUGGAGGAACAGAGAGGGCAGAUGAGGCAGCAGGGGCAGCAGGGUAUGUUCCGGAAAGCCAAACCAGAGCAGAUAAGAGCAAUAAGCCAACAAGCUACUUCUCCAAGGCACAGAGGCGGGGAGAGACUUGCCAUCAAUCUAUUGAGCCAAUCGCCUGUCUACUCCAACCAAAACGGACGCUUCUUUGAGGCUUGUCCUGAGGACUUCAGUCAAUUUCAGAACAUGGAUGUCGCUGUUUCAGCCUUCAAACUGAAUCAGGGAGCCAUAUUUGUGCCACACUACAAUUCUAAGGCUACAUUCGUGGUGUUUGUCACGGACGGAUAUGGGUACGCUCAAAUGGCUUGCCCUCAUCUCUCCAGACAGAGCCAGGGAUCCCAAAGUGGAAGGCAAGACAGAAGAGAACAAGAAGAAGAGUCAGAAGAGGAGACAUUUGGAGAAUUCCAGCAGGUCAAAGCCCCAUUGUCACCUGGUGACGUCUUUGUAGCCCCGGCAGGCCAUGCAGUUACAUUCUUUGCAACCAAAGACCAGCCCCUGAAUGCAGUUGCGUUUGGACUCAACGCCCAGAACAACCAGAGAAUUUUCCUUGCAGGGAAAAAGAACUUGGUCAGACAAAUGGAUAGCGAGGCAAAGGAGUUAUCAUUUGGGGUACCAUCGAAAUUGGUAGAUAAUAUAUUCAACAACCCGGAUGAGUCGUAUUUCAUGUCUUUCUCUCAACAGAGGCAGCGUGGAGAUGAAAGGAGGGGCAAUCCCUUGGCCUCAAUUCUGGACUUUGCCCGCUUGUUCUAAGCAGCUGCUUCCACUUUUGUAUCAGACAUGCAGAGGCAUGUAAUGCAAUAAAUAAGUUGGCCUAUGUAAAGAGGAGAGAGUUUGCUUUUGUCUUGUUCUAACCUUGUUUUUGAACUAGUAAACUUUCAAUGUAAUGAGAGUUGUUAUCUUUCUAAGUUAAUGAAUAAAAGACCAGGGAAUCUCCGUUUUCCUAAUACAAGUUCUC